AUGCUCAGAGCCUUCAGUAGAGCUCUAGCCGUUUCAAGUACAUCCAGAUACGCUCCCAGCUCGCGUAGCUUUCCAUCGAUACCCAAUUCUCCCGCACAGCGCCUACCGCUCGUCCGCACAUUCAAGAUGUCCGCUCCGGCCGAAGCCAAUCUUCACAAGGAUGAAGUCACCGGCGAGAUGAUCUCCAAGGGAGAGCUCAAGCGUCGGCAGAAGGACCGGGCAAAGGAGGCUGCCAAGGCUGAGAAGGCGGCCAAGCAGCCCGCUCCUGUCCAGAAGGCCAAGAAGGACGAGGCGGAGCCAGAGGCAGAGCUGGAUGCCAAUGCUUUCUACGACUGGCGGUACAACCAGAUCAAGACGUUGAGGGAGACCAAGAAGCCGGACCCAUACCCGCACAAAUUCCAUGUGUCGCAGAGCAUCCCAUCGUAUGUUAGGGAAUGGGGUGUCGAGGGGAAGGUGCCAAAUGGGGAGACUAUCAAGGACUCCAAGCCUAUCUCGCUUGCUGGACGUGUGAUGAGCAUCCGCGAGUCGAGUGUCAAGCUCCGUUUCUACGACUUGAAGGCCGACGGGCAAAAGGUUCAGAUCAUGGCCAACGCUGCAAACUCCGCAUCACCCGAAGACUUCCAAUCCACCCACACCCUCAUCCGCCGUGGAGACAUCAUCGGUGUCACCGGCAUCCCCAGCCGAACCAAGAUGGGCGAGCUCUCCCUUCAAAUCACCCACAUCCAGCUCCUCUCGCCAUGUCUGCACCAGCUUCCCGGUCGGGAGGGCGUGACGGACCAGGAGACACGAUACAGAAAGCGAUACCUCGACUUGAUCGUCAACCCGUCAACCCGGGACAUCUUCAUCACUCGGAGUCGGGUCAUCAACUACAUUCGCAAGUUCCUCGACAAUCAGGGAUUCAUCGAGGUCGAAACACCCAUGAUGUCCAUGAUUGCCGGCGGAGCCACCGCCAAGCCCUUCGUCACACAUCACAACGACCUCAAGCUCGACCUCUUCAUGCGGAUAGCGCCCGAGCUAUACCUCAAGGAACUCGUCGUCGGCGGUCUCGACCGUGUCUUUGAAAUCGGACGCGUAUUCCGGAACGAGCAGAUCGACAUGACGCACAACCCCGAGUUCUCCAUCUGCGAGUUCUAUAUGGCGUACGCGGACAUGUACGAUCUCAUGGACCUCACCGAGUCGUUGGUGGAGGGGAUGGUGCAGCACCUGUAUGGCAAGACGGCCAUCACGUUCCACCCGCAAGGGAAGGGAGAGGGCAAGCCAUCCUACGAGAUUGACUUCAAGGCGCCAUGGAAGAAAUUUGACAUGAUCGAGGAAUUGGAGAAGCAGAUGGGGUGCACGUUCCCACCAGGAGAGACGCUGCAUGAUGAGAAUGCCAACAAGUUCUUGAGGGAUUUGUGCACCAAGCACAACGUCGAUUGCAGCGAACCCAAGACCAACGCCCGGAUGCUCGACAAGCUCGUCGGUGAAUUCAUCGAGAACCAAUGUAUCAACCCCUCCUUCAUCGUUGGCCACCCCCAAGUCAUGUCCCCCCUCGCCAAAUACCACCGCUCCCGUCCCGGACUGUGCGAGCGGUUCGAGGCAUUCGUCGCUACCAAGGAAAUCUGCAAUGCCUAUACCGAGCUGAACGACCCGUUCGACCAGCGCGAGCGGUUCGAGGAGCAGACCAAGCAGAAGAAUGCGGGAGACGACGAGGCGCAGGGCGUAGAUGAGACGUUUAUCAAUGCGCUCGAGUAUGGUCUGCCGCCGACGGGUGGGUGGGGUUUGGGGAUUGAUAGGCUCGUCAUGUUCCUCACGGACUCGGCGAAUAUCAAGGAGGUGCUGCUCUUCCCGGCGAUGAGGCCCGUGGUGGCGAAUAGCGUGGAGGCGGUGGCGCCGGCGGUGACGGCGACGGAGGCGGCCAAGGCGGCUUAA